GGGCGACAUUCGGGACGUCAAUAGCAAACCGAAUCCGCCUUAGUCGACGCAAAAAAAAGGGACGGAGCAACGAGUAAACCGAGAUAACCACUGGGAAACCUACCCUAACCAGAGCCAUUUGGCAGUAGAGAGAGGCUACUUAACUAGUACACUUUGCACAGAGGGUUACUCCAGAAUAUUACUAUCGACAUGACCAUUUUUUGAUGGUAGAAGUGGACAGGGGUGUCUGUCAUCAAUCUCCCACAGCAUCCAUGUGUAUCAUUUUUAUUAAAUUUGACCCCCGGCCUGCAUCCAAAAAUGCCUACAGGCUAAUUUUGGCUGCAAAUAGAGAUGAGCUCUACAACAGACCAUCAAAGGCUGCAGACUUUUGGGGGACCAAUAGUGACAUUCUCAGCGGUCUUGAUCUGGAAUAUGGUAAAGAAGGUGGAUCAUGGCUAGGGAUCACCAAGAACGGGAAGCUAGCUGCAAUCACAAACUACAUGGAAGGACGGCCCAACCCAGAUGCGCAAGGAAGAGGUUUCCUUGUUUCCAACUACCUUGUAGACAAGGACUUGGACUGCUACUCCUACCUAAAGAAGGUCUCAACAGAAAGUCACCUGUAUAAUGGCUUCAACCUUCUCACAGCAGAGUUCAAAACCUUGCAAGAUUAUUUGUGUUACUAUGGAAACAGAGGCAGCACUGAACCCAUCCAUCUGAAAUCAGGAAUCUACAGCUUGAGUAAUUCACUUCUGGACACCCCGUGGAAGAAAGUGCUGCAAGGCAAGCGACAGUUCACCCGCAUUGUCAACAACCAGUCACUCUCCUGCGAUGGACUUGUGCAAGAGCUCCUGGGUGUACUUAAUAAUGAAGAUUUAAAUUUGCCUGAUCCAGUUCAGGAGAGCCAAGGUGAUGGUUACAACAAGUCCAUGAUCCAGGCUUUGUCAGCCGUGUGCGUUCGCACUCCCGAUUAUGGCACCAGGACCAAUACAAUUAUCCUGAUUGAUGCGGAGGGGAACGUGACCUUCACAGAGCACAGCAUGCUCAAUUGUGAUCCAAACAACUGGUGCACCAGUUCUUUCCGAUUCAGGUUGCCCACAUGAAGAUGUUCUGGAGAAACCUCACGUUGUGCCUCAGAGCUUCGCUACUUCUUGCAUUAUCAUCACCAAAUAAUUUUGUGUUUAAGCCCCCCCCCCCCUGUCACCAUGGAAACUAAGAGUAGCCGUUGUUGCACUCAACACAGCAGCAGCAGCAGCUACCACGACAGUUAUUCAGAUUUUAUUUUUGAUUAAGCUAUAAAUGAUAUCUGCAGAUUAUUUAAAAGAUUACCAAAGACUUCUUUGUGUGAUUAAAAUGUUUUUAAAUAUUUCAAAUGUGUUGCAGUGUCAACAGAUGACAACAGCGUUGGUUGAUCAUUCAUAUAACCUUUGAUGCAGCUGCAUUUUUCUUAAACCCAAUGGCGUUAUCAGCAAUGUACAGAUCUGUUGACCGAUAACGGAAAGCAUCUUCGCAUGUGUGAUUGUUUUCUUCUUAAUUCUUAAUAGCAAUUGAUUUGCUUUACAACACAUGUAUAUAUUUUGGGGCAGGAUAUAUAAAAUACAGCAAAUAAAACUCAGAUUACAUUUUG